CAAAUUGAAUACGCUGUUCAGCUACUUCCAGCUAUAGAUAAACUCAGUGAAGAGGAUCUAAUGAAAAUGGACGUGAUUUGGAAACAGUUUGGUUUCUCUCAUAUAGAACCAGAAACAACUUCAAAAAAUAGGCAAUUUAAUAAACAAUAUUGCCUUUACGCCUCUGGUUAUCAGUGUUCGCCACCAUUAAUAACAAUCGAUCAUGUUAACCAACCAUUUGGAUCAUUGUCACAACUUACGUUCAUGUUAAAUUGGAUUACU